GUCUUCGAUAACUCCAAAGAAUCUGGCGCAUAAUGUCAAAUGAGUCUUAUUUUUCAUCUUAUUGUAUAUAAUGAGUAUUUACGGAAUAACAAAGAACACAUUAUCAUAUAAAGACUACGCGUGAUGUAUUUAAUUAAUAGGAGUUGUUAUUGGAGGUAAAUGAUAUGGGGGUCUAGGAGAGACUCCGCACAGAUUGUUGCUGUGUAUACACGUUCAAAACGAAAAUCUUACAAACAGAGCGUAUGGAAUGGUUUAAAAAAGUAUUGGUGUAUUAGUACAUUAAUGAAGCAUUCUAAAGUAUUAAAAAUAUUUGGGCACAUUACUGAUUGUAACGUGUAUCGUAUUGCGCAAGUCAUAGUUGAUAGUCUUUUAAAGAAUUUUCAGCAUCACUAUGACUUGUAUUGUCGAUAUUGGUUUGCGUUUUUCCAAUGUUUACUCGGUGCUACAAUAAAAAAACAAGCAAUUUGUUUUGCUCAAAAUUAUCAGGAAUUUCACACUGCUAUAAAAAAAACCGUGAAACUCAAAAAUUCCUGUGUUUCUUCGAAAGUGUUCACAUUAGUUUGGCACAAAUGUUGGAACUUUAUAGAAUACAAGGUACAAGCGGCUCAAAACAUACAACAACUCUCAACGCAAACUGCCAACAGUCUGCAAAACGUUAUACACCUGGAAUCUAUUCUAAUUUUAUGCUAUGAUGCUUUCAAACAAACUACAAGUUUCUAUUAUCACCGGCUUUGUACGCGAUCGUUGUUGAAGUGUUUUUAUUUGCAUAAUAAGUAUAAUAUUUUUAAACCAACCAUUCCUAUAGAUUUAAAAUGGAGUCUGCUUCAACUCUAUAUCUGUUAUCUCCUUUCCAAAUCUUUUUCUGUACUAGUCCUGCACUCGUCUUUUUUAAAAUUUAGUAUACGCUAUUUGCUUGUUGUUCCUAACCAAUAUAGUUUAUCGAAUACUACAAGAACGAAAGCGUCGUUUUUGUCAAGGUCUGAUCAAAACGUAGCUAAAAGCUUAUCGGGUAUUUCAAAAGUACCGCGACUUAAUUUACAGGGACUACGAGCCCCUCUUGCCGCUUAUGGUAUUUUAAGUCCUGGUGAUUGUCGUUCAAGUCACGUUAUUUUACCGCCACAAUACAAUCAAAAGAUAAUCUCAAACCAAGCCGUUGACAUUAAUGAAGGCGCUAGUAGCAAUAACCAAUAUAAUGCAUCGAAUAAGAAUGAAGAGCAGCUUGAAAUGAAAGACCCGAAUUUCGUUGUAGGGUCAGUCUUGUUUCUUGUUGGAAUUUUAACAAAGCUAACAAGUAUGGUUAUACCAUGCACGGAUUUUGUAUGUGACGUUUCUUCUACAAAGAAAUGUACAUGUUUAAUAACACAAUUAUCUUUUAUUAUACUAUCUCUUGUAACCUGCAAGUCGCGUAUUCCAUUAUCUAAACUCGACACAUUACAGAAAAAUAUAUUCUUAUUGUUUGGAGAUAAAGGAUGGUUAUAUUUUUUGUGUAUAAUACAGCCUCAUAAUAUCUGCAACAGAAAAGUAACACCAGUUGAGUAUCAUCCGUUUGCCACAGGAUGUUUCAGUUCUGUUUUUUUAGUUAAAAUACCAGAUGGGGAGCUAGGUGCUGCGAAAAUUCUUUCACUGCCUGUCAUAGUUUCAAAAACAUAUACAUCACUGAUGCUACACUAUACUCAUGACCAACUGUACUCGACUUGUUUCAAUACUUUAGCGAAGCAUAUUCUAUCUCAUGAACUGUUUGAAACGGAAGAAAAUAUUAAACAGCUAUUCCGUGUUUGGUUUGAGUUAGCUACACAUUCCAUUUUAAAAAGUGAAAAGCAGUGCAUUACGCCACAACUUUUAGGGCUUAAGCUACAGAAUGCAUUUCUCUUAGAAGAUCAUAAUAAAUUGAAGUAUUCUCAAACCGUCAAACCCACUUUAACCAAAGAACAACAUUUUAAGAAACUAAGACACAAAAAACUUUUACAAGCAAAACCUUAUGAAAAAGAAUUGUGGGUAAUUACAGAAAAAUAUGAUAUGAAUUUAUUACAAUGGAGAGAUACGCUGAAAGCUGUCCCUGUAUCCAAUACGGUGCAAACCUCCUAUGUGUGGUUGACUACUCUUCUUGAAAUUUACCAAAAAAUUCUUAUCUAUGUGAAUGCUCUACAUACAAAAUUAAUUGCCCAUGGUGAUUUGAAAUGUCAAAAUAUUUUAGUGAAAAAGUCGAAAAUUCUUCAAAUUGCCUUGACAGAUUUCGGUGAUACAGUGUGGGCUGAAAAGUUUUCCUUAGAGACGUUUCAAUUGGUUGUAAAAUAUGAUAUACUGGAAUGUCUUUUUUGCGAUCGCAACUGGCUUCCAUUGAGAAGAAAAUUGUGUAGUAUAUUAAACUGCAUCGAUUUGUGUGGUGGAACAAAUAUGAUUCAUAGUCCAGAACGUUUAGGAUUUUAUGAUUCAAUUAACUCCUUACAGCAAGACGUGUGGGCACUUGGAUGCCUUUUUUUUCAAUUACUCACUGGCGUUUUUUUAUUUGACGAGCAAGCACAAAAUGUUCACACCACUUCACUAUCAGACUCUUUUGACGAUUGUACGGGAUUCACUAAAAUGUUUCACUAUCUGCAAAAAGAACAUUCGAAUGCGGUUCCUCCCUUAGCUUCCAUGUGUCUUCAUCAGACUUUAAAAAAAUAUUUUUAUAAUGAGCAGCCUUUACUUAUUACCAAACUAAUGGACUUAAUGACCAAUUUCUUAGUCUUUUGUUUGGAACGCGAUCCUCAUAAACGUCCAACUUGUUGUCAGUUAAUGUCGUAUUACGAAUCGUGGAAAAAACAAGUUGUCAAGGUACUUGAAGACUGUAAACAAACUUAAUUUUUGGUGUCGUCAACUCUUUUUUUUAAUUUAAAGUGGAUUGAAAAAAACGUAGUAAUAAACAAUAAAAAAAUUAUACGGUAUCGUACUA